AUGGUAUUUCUGAAACGAUAUGAACUUGUUGCUAAUCAAACAGGGAUUGAUUGUGCCGUAAUUCGUUACUCUUUGAACUUGGAUGGUUCUGUGCAUGUUAUUAACUCUGGAUAUGAUGCACAAGGCCAAUUCGUUGAAUUUAUUGGACGAGCUGAUUUGACAUUCCCAGACAGUGAUCCAUUGCUUGGAAAAUUGGAUGUUCAAUUUGUUGUAGGACAACAAAGUGGAAUUUAUUGGACAUUAGCUACAAAUUAUGCUGAUUAUGCUGUUGUGUGGAGUUGUCGUGGACUUCCUGGUGGAAGAUCAACUGAAUCUGCUUGGGUGCUUUCAAGAACACUUCAAACAUCAGAAGCUGUUAGACUUCGUUAUGAAGAAGUUCUUCGAGCUAAUGAUAUUGUGCUGGAAGAAAUGAGAGAAACGAAUCAAGAUUUGGAAUUCUGUCGAAUUCCUAGGCCUUAA